CCACAACAACUACACCAACAACAUCCACACCAAUCACAACCACAUCCAGUACAACAGUGUCUACCACCCCAAAUACUAUAGCAUCAAUCAUGUCACAUACUAACACAACAACUACACCAUAUCCCACCACAUCAGCUAUAACCACAACACCUGCAGCUCCAUCAACCAUCCCAUCCACAGCCACAUUAACCACUACAGACAUUUCUUCAUCUAACACUCCAAACACGUCAGCAGUCUCAGUGCCCAUGUCUAAUGCAACAACCCCACCCCUCACAUCCCUUACAACUCCUCACCCAUCACCACUGCACACUGCCUCAUCCAACAUGACUAAUGAACCAAUGAUGUCCACCAUGCCAUAUCCAUCCACUAUUCUGCACUCAACCUCGCCCAUCAUAACGUCCACUGCCAACAUGACCUCUAAAAAUACCACUCCUCCAGGACACUCCACACCUUUGCCAACAACAUUCACCUCUAAUGCCAGUACAGAGUCAGCAGAGGUACAUUGUAACUUCUCACAGCUCUGUGCCAAUCAGUCCGUGUACUACUGGAUGAUCCUUGCAGUGGAGGUGACUGGAGACCUGAAGAAUGAGUCGGACAUCAGUGGCUGGUUCUGGGCUCUAUUUCAUUCUCACUUGGACACCUGUGAGCCCUACAAGCCUGAACAAGCAAAUGGAACAAACUCGACUGACACACUGCAAACCACCUCUGUCAGUCCAACAUAUCCCACCCCCUACAACAUGACAACACUAUCCCAGAACUUCAUCAACUUCAGCAUGACAACCUUGACAACAAACAUGACAACUAUGCUUUACAAUAGUAUUAGUACUCCCUCACACAACCAUAGCAUGACAACUCUUUCUCCCAGCUAUACCAUGUCCCCCAACUGGCCCCAUAGCACCACAAGUGAAGCGCAUGAAGGUGGAAAUAUGACUGCUGCCAGCCUGUUUCAAGACAUUGAGGUGACGUGUGUCAAUAAAACAGGGAUCAGGAGGACUAGGUGCACUGUGCUGCUGCAGACGAGGAAGCCAACGUUUCCCUGUUGUUUUCAGCGGGCCCUGUGGCUGGGUCAGGAGAACAGCACCAUACAAACCAAUAUAGUGGGAAAUAGAGUGGAGAGAGUGGGUAAAGGUCUGUGUGCAGGCCAACUGCCGCCAAGUAAUGGUUUUGCAAAGUGCAACGGCUUCCUCAAUGGCACCCUCCCUCUUCCAGACACGUGUCACACUCCAGAGCCUGUCAAUAUCUCAUGUGGGCAUGCAGGGACUGUUUACGUACCUCUUGGGAAUCAAACCCAAAUGAACUGUGGCAUGCCCCCUAAACCCCCCAUCGAGGCGGAGAUUUUCUGCAACUGCUCCGCUUAUUGCUAUGGUACAGCUGCAUACUAUACCUUGGGUAUACAGAUCAAAGAUCCUGCUAUGAAUAUUUUAAACAUCUCAUAUAUGAUUGAUCAGCUAAAAAAACCUUCACCCUGCACCAACGCCUCAGAGACACAUCCUCCCUGUCCUCCACCCAUCAUAUCAACUAUCUACCAGGAUGCUCAUGUGGAAUGUAGUGGCGUAAAUACCAAUCUCCAAAGCUGCAGGGUUAUCGUGCGCCUUGACCAUUCGUUGCCUAUAUGUACAGUCAGUACUGCAUUGAUGAAUCUGUUCAAUGAUAAGCCUGGUAUUGGCUAUAAUGGAACGGUGACGCGAGCGGCCAUUUGUGGCUGGCCAGGAUCCAGUGGAGGUCUAUUGAAUUCGACCUUCAUGUGGAAGGAGAUCAACCUCAACCCCACUAUGUUCUGUGAGGUUGAAAAUACAUAUGAUGUCAUCAGCUGCAAACAAGGGGAAAAUGUGUGUGUGCUCCUGAAUGAAACGUGCGACCCCAUGCCUCCUACUACUUCACCCAACCCAAUGGCUAACACCUUUUUACCUGCAACAACGAUACUGUCUCCUCUACCGACUAACACGAUACAGCUAAACACCUCCUCCCUCCCAUUGUACACAACAUUAGCUCCGCUAAACACCACUUCUACAGCUCCAAAUACUACAUUAUCAGCUCCAAAUACAACCAUUGCCACGACGACCCUGGGUAAUACCACUACAAACCCAUCAACACCCAUCAUUCCACCAGUGAAUCCCACAACAGCUUCCCCAAAGUACACCACGACAGCUGUAAUAACAACAACCACUGCAGCGCCCAACACCACAGCAGCCAGUAGUGAAGAGCAGGCCAACCAGCUGCUGGAUCUGACUAGUAACGUGUCCAAGCUCAACUCCUCCCAGGUGGACCAGCUGGUGUCCCAGCUGGAGGCCCUGCUGGCCGGGCCCAAUGUCAGCCUGGCUCUGGGGCAAACCUCUGUCAAGAUUGUUAGCAACCUGCUGGGUGCCUCCUCUGGCACUCUGGCUUCCUCCUCCACCAAGAUCAUUGGGAUUGUUGAUACGGUGGGCCUGAAGCUGGUCGUUCAGCAAGAGGCUACAAUUUUAACUAAGUCGGUUGCUGUUGCUGUCAAAACAGUGGAUGGCACUAAUUUCCAGCAAACAUCUUUCUCCAUCCCGGACCCUAACAAUGUACAGAUCCGUGGAGGCGGCAGAGCCAGGAGAAGUGUGAGAGCCGAGGAGGGUUCCCUCCCUCAGGGCUCCGUCACGUUUCCCUCCUCCCUCACAGCGAACCUCUCCCCUGAGCAGCAGCUACAGGCCUCCAGACUCCAGUUCAACUUCUACCAGAAGAGCACUGUGUUCCAGGACCGAGCCCUGGGAGACAGCAGGCUGUACAGUGGGAUCUUGGGAGCCAGUGUGGCGAACCUGUCAAUCAAAUCUCUGCAGGAGGACGUGGUGAUCACCCUGAGAAACACUGAGCCCGUCCCAGCAAAUUUUGUGGUUUCAUGUGCUUUCUGGGACUUUGGCUUGAAUGGUGGCUCAGGAGGCUGGAACCGAGACGGCUGCUCUGUCCGGAACAGCACAGAUAAUGAGACCGUCUGUGCCUGCAACCAUCUCACCAGCUUUGGUGUGCUACUGGACAUCUCCAGAACGGGCAUAACCAAUCGUCUCCAGGCCACAAUCCUCACCUACAUCACCUACAUCGGCUGUGGUAUCUCCGCCAUCUUCCUCUCCAUCACUCUGCUCACCUACCUGGCCUUUGGGAAACUGCGUAAGGACAUCCCAUCUAAGAUCCUGAUCCAGCUGUGUGUGGCUCUGUUGUUCUUAAACCUGGUGUUCCUGGUGGACGCCUGGCUGGCCCUCUACCCUGAUGCUGUUGGCCUGUGCAUCUCCACCGCCUGGUUCCUACACUACUUCCUGCUGGCCUCCUUCACCUGGAUGGGCCUGGAGGCCGUCCACAUGUACCUGGCCCUCGUCAAGGUCUUCAACACAUACAUAACACGCUAUAUGCUCAAGUUCUCACUCGUCGGCUGGGGCGUCCCACUCCUUGUGGUCAUCGUCGUUAUUGCUGUUGAUAAGGACAACUACGGCCUUGUUGGCUACGGAAAGUACUCAGAUGGCUCCCCUACAGAUGACUUCUGCUGGCUGAAGAACAACAUUGCCUUCUACGUAUCUGUGGUGGCUUACUUCUGUGUCAUCUUCCUGUUGAACCUCAGCAUGUUUGUGGUGGUGAUGGUUCAGCUCUGUCGUAUAAAGAGUCAGAACCCCCACAACAUGAGACACCGUAACGGGCUUCAGGACCUGCGCAGUGUGCUUGGGAUCACCCUACUCCUGGGCCUCACCUGGGGCUUUGCCUUCUUCGCCUGGGGGCCCGUCAACCUGGCCUUCAUGUACCUCUUCGCCAUCUUCAACUCCUUUCAAGGGUUCUUUAUCUUUGUGUUCUACUGUGCUGUGAAGGAGAAUGUGAGGAGGCAGUGGAGGACUUAUCUCUGCUGCGGUAGACUGAGACUGGCAGAGAACUCAGACUGGAGCCGCACGGCUACACAGAAGACGGGGAAGAAGUCAUUGUCAGUGACCAGAGCCACAUCUCUCCGCUCCUACAACUCCUCCCAGUUCAAUCAUUCCUCCAGCUCCUCCUUCUUGACUGGUGACUCCCCAGAGCGGCCCAGUGGAGCAACAGAAAGUCCAUUUGACGACAGAACCAUCACAGCCCUUGAGGAGCUCAACUCAGACGUGGUCCUCAACGAGGUGAACAGCCAAUUCAGGACUCAGAGUCAGAGAGCACCCUGAGUCCUGGGAAACACUAGGCCUAGGGUAGGCUGGUGAGGAAUGGACUUACGUGAGACAGUGUGUUUCAUAUUAUUUUCUACGUUUAUAUUAAAUAUUUGAAUGUUAAUGCUGCAUUUAGUAGUUUAAUGGAAGUGUGUGACAGACCACACUGAAGAGAUGGGACAUCACCAAAGAGCCAGCAUGCUCAUGGAUUUCGUCUAGUUGACCUACCAGUACUAUCAUGAACUCGUCUGGGCUGGCACCUAUGAUUGUGAAUAUCAAUACAUGUACUGAAAAGGUAUCUACAGUAGCACGAAGGAAAAACCCAACUGAUAGAUCCUCAUGAGCUGCAUCCUUUGACUGCAUACUACAUGCUUUCUUGUUUUUCUCCACAUUAUUCAGAGGCAUAAGCUAACGCAUAUUAACACUCUGUCACUACCUGGUUUGAUUUAAUUUAAGAUAAAGGCAAAGCUCUUUUAUACUAUACUCAGAAUCAAGAUAUUUCCAUGAGAUAUUUAAGCAAUAAGGCCCGAGGGGGUGUGGAAUAUGGCCAAUAUACCACGGCUAAGGGCUGUUCUUA